AUGGACAAGCUGCCGCCGUCCAUGCGCAAGCGGCUCUACAGCCUCCCGCAGCAGGUGGGGGCCAAGGCGUGGAUCAUGGACGAGGAAGAGGACGCCGAGGAGGAGGGGGCCGGGGGCCGCCAGGACCCCAGCCGCAGGAGCAUCCGGCUGCGGCCGCUGCCUUCGCCCUCGCCCUCGGCGGCCGCGGGCGGCACGGAGUCCCGGGGCGCGGCCCUCGGGGCUGCGGACGGCGAGGGGCCGGCCCGCAGCGCGGGCAAGUCCAGCACGAACGGCGACUGCAGGCGCUUCCGCGGGAGCCUGGCCUCCCUGGGCAGCCGGGGCGGCGGCGGCGGCGGCGGAGCGAGCAGCGGCAGCAGUCACGGGCACCUGCAUGACUCCGCGGAGGAGCGGCGGCUCAUCGCCGAGGGCGACGCGUCCCCCGGCGAGGACAGGACGCCCCCUGGCCUGGCGGCGGAGCCCGAGCGCCUCGGCGCCUCGGCGCAGCCCGCAGCCUCCCCGUCGCCGCCCCAGCAGCCGCCGCAGCCGACCGCAGCCUCCUGCGAGCAGCCCUCCGCGGACACCACAAUCAAAGUGGAGGGAGGCGCGGCCGCCGGCGACCAGAUCUUCCCGGAGGCCGAGGUGCGCCUGGGCCAGGCUGGCUUCAUGCAGCGCCAAUUCGGAGCCAUGCUCCAACCCGGGGUCAACAAAUUCUCACUGAGGAUGUUCGGCAGCCAGAAAGCCGUGGAGCGCGAGCAAGAAAGGGUUAAAUCGGCCGGGUUUUGGAUUAUUCACCCCUACAGCGACUUCAGAUUUUACUGGGACCUGACCAUGCUGCUCCUGAUGGUGGGAAACCUGAUUAUCAUUCCCGUGGGCAUCACCUUCUUCAAGGAUGAGAACACCACUCCCUGGAUCGUCUUCAACGUGGUGUCGGACACCUUCUUCCUCAUCGACUUGGUCCUCAACUUCCGCACAGGGAUCGUGGUGGAGGACAACACGGAGAUCAUCCUGGACCCGCAGCGGAUUAAGAUGAAGUACCUGAAAAGCUGGUUUGUGGUGGAUUUCAUCUCCUCCAUCCCCGUGGACUACAUCUUCCUCAUCGUGGAGACACGCAUCGACUCGGAGGUGUACAAGACCGCCCGGGCCCUGCGCAUCGUCCGCUUCACCAAGAUCCUCAGCCUCCUGCGCCUCUUGCGUCUCUCCCGCCUCAUUCGAUAUAUUCACCAGUGGGAAGAGAUCUUCCACAUGACCUACGACCUGGCCAGUGCUGUGGUGCGCAUCGUCAACCUCAUUGGCAUGAUGCUCCUGCUCUGCCACUGGGACGGCUGCCUGCAGUUCCUGGUGCCCAUGCUGCAGGACUUCCCCGACGACUGCUGGGUGUCCAUCAACAACAUGGUGAACAACUCCUGGGGGAAGCAGUAUUCCUAUGCCCUGUUCAAGGCCAUGAGCCACAUGCUGUGCAUUGGGUACGGGCGGCAGGCACCUGUGGGCAUGUCCGACGUCUGGCUGACCAUGCUUAGCAUGAUCGUGGGUGCCACCUGCUACGCCAUGUUCAUCGGCCACGCCACCGCCCUCAUCCAGUCCCUUGACUCUUCCCGGCGCCAGUACCAGGAAAAGUACAAGCAGGUGGAGCAGUACAUGUCCUUCCACAAGCUCCCGCCCGAUACCCGGCAGCGCAUCCACGACUACUACGAGCACCGCUACCAGGGCAAGAUGUUCGACGAGGAAAGCAUCCUGGGCGAGCUGAGCGAGCCGCUGCGGGAGGAGAUCAUCAACUUUAACUGCCGGAAGCUGGUAGCCUCGAUGCCACUGUUUGCCAAUGCGGACCCCAACUUCGUGACAUCCAUGCUGACUAAGCUGCGCUUCGAGGUCUUCCAGCCCGGGGACUACAUCAUCCGCGAAGGCACCAUCGGCAAGAAGAUGUAUUUCAUCCAGCACGGCGUGGUCAGCGUGCUCACCAAGGGCAACAAGGAGACCAAGCUGGCCGAUGGCUCCUAUUUUGGAGAGAUCUGCCUGCUGACCCGGGGCCGGCGCACGGCCAGCGUGAGGGCCGACACCUACUGCCGCCUCUACUCACUGAGCGUGGACAACUUCAACGAGGUGCUGGAGGAAUACCCCAUGAUGCGGCGGGCCUUCGAGACCGUGGCACUAGAUCGCCUGGACCGCAUCGGCAAGAAGAAUUCCAUCCUCCUCCACAAAGUCCAGCACGACCUCAACUCGGGCGUCUUCAACUACCAGGAGAAUGAGAUCAUCCAGCAGAUCGUGCAGCAUGACCGUGAGAUGGCCCACUGUGCCCAUCGCGUCCAGGCAGCCGCCUCUGCCACCCCCACCCCCACCCCCGUCAUCUGGACCCCACUGAUCCAGGCACCGCUGCAGGCUGCUGCGGCCACCACCUCCGUGGCCAUAGCCCUCACCCACCACCCUCGCCUGCCCGCUGCCAUCUUCCGCCCGCCCCCAGGACCUGGGCUGGGCAACCUUGGGGCUGGGCAGACACCGAGGCACCUGAAACGGCUGCAGUCCCUGAUCCCUUCUGCGCUGGGCUCAACCUCGCCUGCCAGCAGCCCCUCCCAAGUGGAUACACCGUCUUCAUCCUCUUUCCACAUCCAGCAGCUGGCUGGGUUCUCUGCCCCUGCUGGACUGAGCCCUCUGCUGCCCUCAUCCAGCUCUUCCCCGCCGCCAGGGGUCUGUGGCUCCCCGCCAGCUCCCACACCAUCUGCCUCCACAGCUGCCACCACCACAGCUGGGUUUGGCCACUUCCACAAGGCUCUGGGUGGCUCCCUGUCCUCGUCAGACUCUCCACUGCUCACCCCGCUACAGCCAGGUGCCCGCUCCCCACAGGCUGCCCAGCCACCGCCCCCACUGCCAGGGGCCCGAGGAGGCCUGGGACUCCUGGAGCACUUCCUGCCACCCCCACCCUCCUCCAGGUCCCCAUCAUCCAGCCCUGGGCAGCUGGGCCAGCCUCCCGGGGAGUUGUCCCCAGGGCUGGCUGCUGGCCCACCAAGUACACCAGAGACACCCCCGCGGCAGCCUGAGCGGCCGUCCUUCAUGGCAGGAGCCUCUGGCGGGGCUUCCCCUGUAGCCUUUACCCCCCGAGGAGGGCUCAGCCCCCCCGGCCACAGCCCAGGCCCCCCAAGAACUUUCCCAAGUGCCCCACCCCGGGCCUCUGGCUCCCAUGGCUCCUUGCUCCUGCCACCUGCAUCUAGCCCCCCAGCACCCCAGGUCCCCCAGCGCCGGGGCACGCCACCACUCACUCCUGGCCGCCUCACCCAGGACCUCAAGCUCAUCUCCGCCUCUCAGCCGGCGCUCCCCCAGGAUGGGGCGCAGACUCUCCGCAGAGCCUCCCCGCAUUCCUCUGGGGAGUCUGUGGCUGCCUUCCCGCUCUUCCCCAGGGCUGGGGGUGGCAGUGGGGGCAGUGGGAGCAGUGGGGGCUUCAGUCACCCUGGGAGGCCCUGUGGCACCGUCCCCAGCCAGCACGUCACUCUGCCUCGGAAGACAUCCUCAGGUUCUUUGCCACCCCCUCUUUCUUUGUUUGGGGCAAGAGCCACCUCUUCUGGGGGCCCCCCUCUGACUGCUGCACCCCAGAGGGAACCUGGGGCCAGGUGUGAGCCGGUGCGCUCCAAACUGCCAUCCAAUCUAUGA